GAAAAUGCUCAUAUCAGACGGCAUCAAUCACGUUAAACUACAAUCAAUAAUCGUCGGGGAAUUGAAAAAAGCGGGAUUGAAACAUCGAUUGAAGAAAAUUAUUCUAAAAAGCGUUAAAGAUCAUAAGACUGUGUUUGGAGCACCGUUAGUUAAAGUGCCAUCAUGCAGUGUAAUUUGUUGUGGAAGUACUUUGAGUGUUCCUAUUGUUGUCACUGAAAUGUCUACUGUACUUAGAGCCAAUGCCCACAUUGAGGGUUUAUUCCGGAAAGCGGGUUCUCAAAACCGCCAAAAGGAUAUAAAGCGGUUAUUAGAUGCUGGUGGUUGUGUUUCUGAAGGACAUCACCCUAUUGAUGUUGCAAGUGUACUCAAAUUGUACCUUAGAUGCUUGCCAGAACCAUUGAUCAAUGCCGAGGUACAAGACCUCCUGUUGAGAUGCAGGCUUUCUGCCGGUGAGGAUGCGCUCAAACCAAUACUUCAUACAUUGCUACUUUUACCAGUACUACAUGUUCAUCUUCUUCAUUAUAUUAUGGAGCUUCUUAAUUUCAUAGCAGCAAGACACAAAGACAACCUUAUGGAUUCCUCUAACUUGGCCAUAGUAUUGGCCCCAAGCAUCAUGCCACUGCCGGCUGCUGCCACGGCUCAAAGACUGGAGCAUCAUGUUGCACUUGUCAAGAUAUUCAUCGAAAACUCGCAGCAUAUAGGAUUACUGACAGACGAUCUCAUGACACAAUUAGACGAUGAUUCCGAUGUCUAUCUUGCAAGGAGGAAGAAACGUCGAAGUGGGUCACUUAAUCGAGUCCUAAGUGGCCUACGCAAAAUGGUCUCUGGUACUGUGAACACACCAGCUACCGUAAGAGAAAACACCAAAACUCCAGUACUUAGCAAAUCUGCCGCCAAAAGAAAAUUCGACAGCUAUGAGGGGCUUUCUGCGAAAACUAAGAAAGAGAUAACGCAAGGAUUACCACAGAAAGAGCUAUCCUUCACCCCACUGAAAAUGGGUUUGACUGAGCGUAAAAGACUGCGACUUAGCAUGAUGGACGCGAGAAGUACACCUGUCAUAAAUUCCGACUUCAGUUCACAUAAAAACUCUGAAACCAGUAUUAGCAGUGAAGACUUGUUAACUUCUUCCGAACAUUUGUUCAGUGCACAUGACACAAUCGAUUUGUCACCUGAUAUGAGACAAGUGAACAAAGAUUAUGUCAGGAUAUCGAAACAGGAAUACGAAGAAAUCAAGAGCCGGGUAUCCGCUAUAGAAAAUAGACUAUCCAGGGAGUUCACUGACGCCAUACCGAGGGUGCAACCACUACAGCAAGUACAGAAUGUUUAUGAACAAACAUUGGAAGAAGUCGCAAUGUUGAAUUGCCCUAACUCUGAUCAUUUGGCGAGGCGUUUGAGCAAGGAACUGAAAAUAAGACCAAACGAAGAAGCAAAGAUAAUUCGAUCGCCGAGCGCCAGAAAAAUUGGCUCAAUACGGCGGCGCUCCAAAGAAAAUAUUAUCAAAAUCGUUAGGCAUAAGUCAUGGAACGCAUCGUCGCGUUCUCAAGCGAGCCAAAAUGGAGACAGAUUCUAUCCCUAUAUUGGGUUGUCGCGUAGAAAUAGAACUAGUACAGCGAAACCAGACUUAGCAGCGAAGACCUCCACGCCAAAUGACUGGGAUGCUUCUGUUUCUGGGGAUUCUUUGAACGUUUCUAACAAUAACAAAAAAUAUCAAUUACGAAAAAGAGUCAGUCUCGCCUCAGACUACAAUUUAGACAAAACCAUUGGCAAAUUCCAACCACGACGUUCUUUAAAUAUGACUGUAGUAGACAAUAGCUGGGAUAACACUAAUUCAGAAAGUUCGAUGAGUAAUACAAUGAACUCAAGCACUAAGUCAUGUAAGUCUGAUGCUUCAAGGUUAUAUCAAAAUGUCAGUGAGGCAGUAGGAAACCAAAAUCUCAGUAAACUUCGUAAACAAAGCCCACAGCAUACGCAACAGAAAUGGCUCAGUGCUGCAGCUUUCUUUAUGGACAAAACAGGGGAGUUGGACAGUUCCAGUCACAGCGGUAGACCUUCAGUCAACAAGUUACGUCGUCAAAAUGCCGGGGCAGUUCUGGCGAAAGCCAAAUUAUUCGAAUCUAGCUCUGACAAAUCAUCAGAGAGGCACAACAAAAAUGCUCAUACUGGAUUUGCGAGGAAACCAAGGUUGAAUCCACAGGUUAAACCUAUCAAACUUGUAGCUCACGUCAAGCCCAAACUUCAGCAAUCGAAUUUGCAUGAUGCCGCACCUAGUAUUCCUGCAAGGAUGCAGAGAACAGUAGAUGUAGCUUCAACAGCGCAGAACAGAUCUCAUAAAUCGCUCAACGUUCAUACCAAAGAGGAGAUCGAUUCUUGGAGGUUAAACAAGAAAAUAACACCAACGAAAAAAGUAACUUCACUACAAUCGUCGAACUUGGCGAAAACUCCUCAAGCACCGCUAUUAAAAAAACCAUUGUGUACCCCUAGAAACUUGCGUACAGCAUCAACAAUAAUCGAUUCUAGAAAAGUUAAUACGCCUAUGAGGGCAGUUCACAUUUCGCCGAGAAGAAGAUCACCACGGCAAAAACGCCUGUAAUGAAAUAAGACGAUUUAUAUUUUUAUCAAGUUUAGACUAAUAGAUAGUAUUAAUAUAAGUGUGAUUAAAGAAAUCGAGUGGCCAUUUGUAAAUAGAAUUAAUGAAUAAAUUGAAUCAUACUUUUGAUUAUAUCUGAUUAAUAAAUAUGAUUAAAACUAA